AUGGAGCAACGAGACACAAACCUGUCACCAUCGGCGAGCGCCUCACCACAACAAACGAAGCGAGGCCCACGACAGAUAGGGCUCUGGCGAAUCCUCAGUUAUGCGACGCCAACACAUCGAUGGAUGCUCGCUGCGACAGCACUUCUGUCUGCGAUCAACGGAUCGAUGCUGCCACUUAUGAACGUUGUGUUCGGGCGCGUAGUGCAGAGGUUCAAUCGCUACUUUGAGCCAAACUCGGACUUUUCCGAACGUCACUUCCGCCGAGAGAUCGAUCGCCUAGCUCUCUACAUUGUGUACCUCUUUAUCGGAAAACUGUUGAUGAGCUUCGUAUCAAAAUACGUCUUCAGACACGUCGGCAUCGUCCUUUGCGCAGCGCUGAGAAAAGCCUACUUCACGGCACUAUUCGACCAACCUGUUCGUGCAAUCGACAAUCUCAAACCCGGAUCAGCCACAUUUGCCUUGACUACCGUUGUCACCACGAUCCAGAACGCGCUUGCUGACAAGCUCGAGGUGCUGAUUGAGUCUCUCGGUUUGAUCAUUGCUGCAUACAUGGUGGGCUUCUGGCAUUCAUGGGCUCUGACGCUGGCUUCGACGUCUCUCACUCUACUGGCACUCAUCAGCUACGGGUUCAUUGGGCCUGCGAUCAACAAGCUCGAUGUUGCGGCCAUCGAGGUCGACGCGAAAGCAGCUGCCGAAGCUUCCAAUGCAUAUCGAGGUAUUAGGGUGGUCAAGUCGCUGGGUGCAGAAGAUGCCAUGACGGCACGAUACGCAGCAUGGACUCGUGAGGGUCGUCGUCAGGGAUUGAAGAAGUCGCCGUGGGUAGGCGUAUUGUUUGGGCUAUACUUCUUCUGCGCAUAUGCCAACAUCGCAUUGACGUUCUGGUUGGGCUUGAAGUUAUAUGUUCGGGGCAUGAUAAAUGACAUUGGAGACAUUGUGACUGUCCUCUUCUCCCUCAUCGCGAUCAUGCCGGCAGUUGGAGGCCUCGCUCCUCUCAUGAUUGGCAUCAACCGCGCUGUUGCGGGUGCAAAAGUUCUCUUCGACCUGAUCGAUGCUGAAGCAUUGAAGCCCGGGGGCCUUACAGCACCGGAAGUGGACGUUAAUGCCGACCUCCAUCUCAAAAAUGUCUGCUUCUCCUACCCGGGACGACCGGAUACGAGAAUUUUGCGAGACUUAUGCCUCACCAUUUCGUCUGGCCAAUCAACAGCCAUUGUUGGAUCUUCUGGAUGUGGCAAGAGUACCAUCGUUGCGCUUCUAGAGCGCUGGUACGAUCUGUCUGAACGCAAUCAUCCGCCUUCGGCACAGGACGACGAUGAGAAUGCAACCGCGAACACACCAGUAGCUACGGUCUUGCAGAACACCGGCACAAUAUGCCUAGGCCACCACAAUCUCGAGACGCUCGAUCGACGCUGGUGGCGCUCGCAAAUUGGUCUCGUUGAGCAGCAGUCCAUUCUCUUCGACGAGUCGAUCUACGAGAAUGUUGCGCGCGGAUUAGCUGGCUCGACUUGGCAAGAUGCGGAGGAAAGCAAGAAGCGGGAGCUUGUGGAGGAAGCUUGCAAAGAUGCUUAUGCCCACAAUUUUGUCACGCGUCUUUCCAAAGGCUACGAGACGAUCGUAGGCGAGGGCGGAGUCAAGCUUUCUGGUGGUCAGCGGCAACGCCUUGCCAUCGCGAGGUGCAUUGUGAAGCGACCGGCCAUCUUGAUCUUUGACGAAGCAACAAGCUCAAUUGACGUACACUCCGAGAGGAUUGUUGAUCAAGCGAUCGACCGGAUCUCAAAGGGCAGGACGACCAUCAUCAUCGCCCAUCGCCUCUCCACAAUUCAAAGGGCGGAUCAGAUUGUGGUUCUCGAUCGUGGCACCGUCGUAGAGCAAGGGCCACGAGAGGAGUUGGCUCAACGUGUCGACGGCAAAUUUUACGAGCUCGUCAGCACACAACAAGUGCGGAAUGCCAAUGCCAAUGGCGAAGAUGCAAUCAUCGAAGACGAAAUCUUGGGUGGUAAUGUGGUCGAAGAGCUCUCCGAGAAGGGCUCCCAGCCAUCUGCGAGCGAUUACGAUGAGAAGACGAAGGACCGGUCUGCCAGUAUUGCUGUUCGUUCUGUCCACAGCUCAAGUCAGGACGGCAAAGCUCCCAGCCAAAGAUCAAAAGGCUAUCUCCGCUCUCUUGGUCGACUGAUCCACUCUAUGCGCCACCAUCGCGUGUCGUAUCUAUGCGUGCUUGCUGGUGCAGUCGGCGCAGGAGGCGCGGUGUCCGCACAAUCAGUGAUCAUCGCAAAUUUCGUUGUCGCAUUUCAGCACACGGGCCACAAACUCUUCUCGGACGGCAACAAAUGGGCAUUGAUGGCUCUGGUGCUUGCUAUCGUGGUCACCUCAUGCUAUGCUGUCCUCGGAUUCGGAUCGAAUUCGCUUUCUAUUGACGUCUCCUCUAGCUAUCGGCAAAAGUAUUACGAAGCUAUGCUGCGACAAGGCAUUCCUUGGCACGACAACGAAGAGAUGUCGUCGGACAGCCUGGUGUCAAGGCUCAGCAAUGACCCCCAGCAACUACAGGAAGUUUCAGGCCCGAAUAUGGUUUUACCACUUGUGGGAGUCUUCACCUUAACAGGCUCUAUGAUACUUUCCUUGGUAGUCGGUUGGAAGUUGACCCUGGUCACUAUGGUCGCUGCACUUCCUAUUGUGCUCAUCGCGUCCAUCACACGAAACCGUUACGAGCAGUACUUCGAGUCGUUCAACGCACGUGUUUUCAUUGAGUCCGGACGCCAUGCGGCAGAGAGCAUCCGGGCAUUUCGCACUGUCAUCUCAUUGACUCUGGAGAAGCCGACCGUCAUGCAAUAUCACGAGCUGCUGAAGGACCAUGUUGGGCGUGCGUUGUCGCGGGCACGUCUCGUGGCGCUGGUCUUCGCACUUGCCAACAGUCUGGAAUUCUGUUGCAUCGCCCUCACGUUCUGGUACGGCGGGCGGCUGCUGGCUACACGCGAAUACGACGUACUGCAAUUCAUUGUUGUAUACACGGCAAUCGUACAAGGCGGACAAACAGCAGGCUUGUUCCUUUCUCUCGGGCCUAAUUUAUCUCAAGCGAGCCCGGCCUUGAAUCGCAUUGUGAACAUGUGCGUGCGUCUGGCCGACCUGGUAACUCCUUCCAGUGGGACUGAUGCCACGCCAUCCUCCUCUGAGGCUGGAGCAUGCAUCAAGUUCAGCAACGUGGACUUCACAUACUCUUCGCAACAUCGGCCGGUCUUACGGAACCUUUCGCUGGAUAUCUCAGCUGGAGAAUACGUUUCGUUCGUUGGCCCAUCCGGGAGCGGGAAGACGACGAUUCUGUCUCUGAUUCAACACUUCUACCUACCAAGCCGAGGCAGCAUUCUUAUCGAUGGCAAAGACCUCAGCGACAUGCCAGACGCUGACUUGCGUCGCAUGUGUGCUCUAGUAAGCCAGGAACCUGCUUUGUUUGAGGGUACAGUCCGCGACAAUCUCACUCUCGGCCUCUCAUGGUCAGCCACGGACGCGGAAGUCGUGGAGGCCGCAAAGGCCGCGGAAAUCCACGAAUUCAUCACCUCUCUCCCGCACGCUUACGACACUGUGCUUUCAGCUGUCCUCCACGGUAACAUGUCGGGAGGUCAGAAGCAGCGCAUGUGUAUUGCUCGCGCACUUCUGAGGCGACCACGUCUACUGCUUCUUGAUGAGGCUACGAGUAGUCUGGACAGUCAGAACGAGGCUGCAAUUCAGCGAGCGAUUGAAAGCAUGGCUUCUACCGGGAAGUUGACUAUUAUUGCCGUCGCGCAUCGACUGGCGACCGUGCAAAAUAGCCAUCGCAUUUUCGUGGUUGGGGAUCAAGGUGCCAUCGUGGAAGAGGGCAAGCAUGAUGAUCUACUCAGACGCAAGGGUGUUUACUGGGAGAUGUGCGAAGCGCAAGCUGCGUUUACUACUGGCUCGUGA